GGCACUGACUGGCAUCACUGCUGGGCACUGACUUGCGGCACUGAAUGGCACAACCGCUGGGCACUGACUGGUGGCACUGACUGGCAGCACUGCUGGGCAGCACUGGUGGGUGGGCACAGGUGGGUGGGCACUGGUGGGCACAGGUGGGUGGCACUGCUGGGCACAGGUAGGUGGCACUUCUGGGCACAGUGUGGGUGGGCCCAGGUGGGUGGCACUGCUGGGCACAGGUGGGUGCACUGCUGGGCACAGGUGGGUGGGCCCAGGUGGGUGGCACUGCUGGGCACAGUGCUGGGCACCGAUCAUCAGUGGCCCUGAUGAUCGGUGCCGAUCCCCGCUCUGACAACUGCCGGUUCUCGGCAGUACUUUCCUCACGAUCUGACAGCGUGAGGAAAGUGCAGCCGAGAACCGGCACUUGCAU